AUGUCGCCAAAGACAAAAGAUCUGCUUAGAAUUUUCUGUAAAUAUGUAUAUUACGCUGGCGCCGGCAACUGUUGGUACGAGAAUAUAUACCCAGAGACCAUCCUCUACAGAAUGUACACAAUAAUAUCAUUCUCUAUUUACACUAUAAUGAUAUUCCUCGAGAACCUGGCGGCCCUUUUUGGCGAUUUACCUGAAGUGGAAAAGAAUUCGGCGGCCAUGUUUUUCGCUAUUCACAACAUCGUGCUCACCAAAAUGUAUCUGUUGCUAUACCACAAGAAGUCGAUAAGGAAAUUGAAUUAUGAAAUGGCCGUGGUGGGGGAGGAAUUGGAGGAGGAAGGCAAUAUGCGGAAGCAGUAUUUGAAGACGAGGAUUGGUAUUAUUCUGUAUGUGAUAACGGUGUAUUUGUCGCUGAUCGCGUACGGCGUGGAAAGUGCCAGACGGGUGAUCGUGGAAGGUGCGCCAUUUUACACCGUGGUCACAUACUUGCCAUUAUACGAAGACAACUCCACAACCGCGUCAUUUUUCCGGAUUUUCUUCUACGUCACAUGGCUCUACAUGAUGCUGCCAAUGAUGUCAGCUGACUGCAUGCCAAUAACGCACCUUAUUGUUAUGACGCAUAAGUUCAUAACCCUGUGCCGGCACUUCGAAAGGAUAAGGGAAGAUUUUGACAAGAACAUAGUAACAAACAAGAAACAAGCCCUUGCAAUACUCAAGCAAGGAUGUCUGCAAGGCAUUGCCAUGCACCAAAAACUGAUGUAUUUGGCGGACGAAAUACAUCGUAUUUUCGGAAUAAUAAUGUCACUCCAAGUUUGCGAAAGUUCUGCUGUCGCGGUCUUGCUUUUGCUACGUUUAGCUCUAUCACCACAUCUUGACUUGACUAAUGCGUUUAUGACUUACACCUUCGUUGGAUCAUUAUUUUUACUUUUGGCUCUUAACCUCUGGAAUGCUGGAGAAAUUACUUACCAGGCAUCUCUUUUAUCCAACGCCAUUUUCAACUGUGGCUGGCAUCUCAGUGCAAUCGAGAAGGAGUCCCACCGCGACUUGAGGCGGCUGGUGCUCAUAGCCUGUGCGCAGGCGCAGAAGCCGCUCAUCUUGAAGGCCUUCGGGAUACAGGAUCUGUCUUACGAAACUUUUGUUUCUGUAUCAAGAAUGACUUAUUCGGUGUUUGCUGUGUUUUAUCAAAGAGGUGAAUAA